GUCAGUGUGUCCUUGGCUCUAUAGACAAGCAGCAGGUUAGCUAGAGAGCUACCACUGGAUUUGACAGCUAAAGGAAGCCGAACCCGGUGGGCGCCAUAAGGGGAGCGAGCGUCACACUUUCACUUUUUAAAAAGAUAUUCGCGCACCGUCGCCGAGUGAACAGCCCCACGGCAACUCAAGAUGGCUUUCUUGAUCAAGAGCAUGAUUGGGAACCCCCUGUCGGGCAUCGGCCUCGGUGGUGGGGGAGACAAGGAAGAGGAGGCCACCCCCACAGAUCCGGCCAAAGCAGCGGGGAUGACACGCGAGGAGUAUGAAGAGUACCAGAAACAGGUGGUGGAGGAGAAGAUGGAGCGGGAUGCAGAUUUCUUACACAAGAAGGCAGAAAGGGCCACAUUGAGGGUGUGCCUCAGAGAAAAAUACAGGCUGCCAAAGAGUGAGCAGGACGAAAACAUGAUCGAGAUAGCCGGGGACGACGUGGACGUGCCCGAGGAGCUGCUGAAGAUGGUGGACGAGGACGCCACGGAGGAGGAGGGCAAGGACUCCAUCAUGGGCCAGUUUCAAAACUUGCAGAACAUGGACAUGGACCAGCUGAAGGAGAAGGCCUCGGCAACCGUCACCGAGCUCAAGACCAAAGCAGAGGAGAAGUGCUGCGUCAUGUGACCAGUCAGAGAGGGUCUCCUGCGUUUGAACGCCGAAGAAGAGGAAGAGGAAGCGCAUGGCACAAUUCAUUUCAAACACUUCCUGGGAACCUGCAGACUGAGCUGUGUUAAUAAAUGUGGGAUUCGGUUACAACAAAGUAUUCACUAGGAAGGCAUAGAAACGCGUGUUCAGGUCAUUACGUCUUCCAUGGAUGCUUUGUAACGUCUCCCUGCUAGAGUGUCCCUGAACGGAUAGUCAUUUAAAACGUAAUCUUUGCAGUAAACUGAAGAUGAUUCGAUUACAACCUGCGACCGUUUUCUUAGUAUAAGUGAGGUUCACAAGACAAUGACAUGUGAUGUCAUGUUCACUCUUUCUGUUUGUUGUUAAAUGCAACGGCUAAGUCUCUAAAAACUCAGUCAAACAAAUCACAAUGAAACCUCCUCCACCCCGACAACAAAAAAAAACGUAUGUGAGUUAAAACUUAUCCUGUGUGAGUGUUUAAACUUUCCUUUUGUUUUGAUGGUGAUGUGAUUGGUAUGUGAUCUUUGAAUUAGCUAUGACGUUAACUUUCUUUUUCUUUUGGUGUUAUUAAAAGGAUGUGAUGAUUUAUUUUGAAUUUCCUCAUAUACACAUUUCGGGUGUAAUAGAAGCCGUUGAGCCUGAAACUGUGAUAUAUGUAUAUUUUGCAUAUUGGCUAAAAUCAAUACUUUAAAUAUGGAAUAAUGUCUUUAAAAAGGAAAUCCAUUAUCAUAAAUACUGAUGAAACAUAUGGAGAAGUUGUAAAUAUUCUGUUCAAAUAAAGAUGUAUAUUAAAUACGUGAAAUAUCUAAAGUCA